AUGGCUGCCGCGGCGAACGUUGCGCCGGAGAAUCAGUAUUUUUACGAGGAUGUCGUCUAUCGCGUGGAUAAACGGGGCAACGUCGUCUUCGGCAUCGUCAUGGAGAAUGACGAUCAGGACAUGUCCGAGGAGAGCUCCGACAGCGAGGAGAGCCUGCCGAAGCGCAAGAAGGGCGAGAUACGCAUGAUCUGGCAUCCGUCCGGCGUCGAGGAGUUGGUCAACUGUAAGAAGGUUCAUCUGGCUGAUAGGACCCUCAUGCCUGGAGAUGUAGUACGUAGGAUGAUCAAGGGAAAGGAUACGCAGAGAGGCUACUGCAGAGACAUAGAACUGACCGCGUGUGUGCAAGUCAUUGGCACCAAGCAGAUACUCACAGAUAUCAAGAGCGAAGAUCUAAUCCCAUUACAGGAAUUUGCAACAGAUAUGGCAGUCUGCAUGGACUCUUGGGUUGGUGGCAUUAGAAUGACACAUUUUAAAUUAUGGUUGGUAACACCAGACGGAUCACACUGUGUCAUAAACGAGAUGGAUUCCUGUGUGUUGGGACAAUUGGAAGAGACUCGAGAUAAUGACAAUGAUUUUCCACACUCUACUGAAUUCUACCCUGGUCAGAGCUUAUGGGGUCCUGUUCACUGUUUGGAGGAUGCGCAAUGGAUUCAGUGCACAAAAGAGAUGAAAUCAAAGAGAAAAUUGAAACCGCAGAAGAUAACAAAAGUGAUUGUGGAGAAAGUAGAGACCGAUUGGGUCGGUGUGCAUUGGCAGUGUCGAGCGUAUUCAAAGGACGGUGCCUGGUCAGAUCAGGCACAACCAAAAUUUGUGGUCGAGGGUGAAGAUCUGAAAAAGCUGAAACUACUAAAUGUAUUCGAGCCUUCGACGGUACAGGUCGGCGAUCGGAAUUUUUACAUCAUUAAGGGAAACGAAAAUGUUAUUACUCGUGAACAGUGGCGAAAACAGCAGAGGGAUAUUUACCAAGUUCCUAAGCAGAGUCCGAAGAAGACGCGUCCGAAUAUUACAGUGACGAAGCUGCUGGAAGAUAAGAAGAAGGAGCAGAAAAAGGAUAAAAUAUCCAACCAACGAUCGACAGAAGAGAGCAGUCAAAGUAAUGGUGUUAAUUCGCAGGAUGUCACAAGUAAUAAUACUUUGAUGCUGCCGCCUCAAAAUCACCAUGCUGAAAGUUCGGAUGAAUGGGAUACCGAAGAUACCACUGGUUCGCAAAGUGACUCAGCUUCGGUCUCUAGCGGCUGCUCCAGCAUGUCGUCAAUGGGAAAGAAAAAAAAAGGUCCUGCAUUGAUGACAAAAGUGCUGAAGAAAAAGAAGUUGCGAAAAGCGAAAAAGAAAGUACCUCCUGUUCCAUUAAUUCCCGGAACAAAGAUAGUUGUAGAAACGUUGUCCACUAAUACAAAAGCUAAUGUGGUGUGGCAAGAUGGUUCAGUAGAAUUUGGCAUACCAUCAACACAAUUAUAUCCAAUCCAUCACUUGGAUGAUAAGGAAUUUUUUCCAGGUGACUUUGUUGUAGAUCAAAAGGAGGAAUCUAGAAUGUAUGGUGUUGUACAAAGUGUCGAUCAUCAAGGCCGUACUGCCAAGAUAAAGUGGUUCCGAACAUAUACUUCUAGUCAAAAUCCAGAGCCGAUUUUCCUGGAGGAACGCGAAGUGAGCGUUUACGAUUUGAAGGAUCAUCCAGAUUUCCAGUACAGACCGGGAACCUUAGUAAUUCGAAUAGCGAAUUUCGAAGGUGAGGAUGCUGGAUGCACCGCUGGUCAAGUGUUGGACAAUUAUCCAGAGGGACGAGUGAAAGUAUGGUGGGUCGAUGGUCAUAUUAGUAUGUGCUGGCCGCAAGACCUGUACAAGGUCGGGGAAUACGACAGUGACGAAGGGGAACUGUGGGAUGAUGUUUCAUCCGAUUCAUCAUGGGAGACAGAAUUGGAGGAUUGCUUUAUCGCCGACAAUGAUGGCACCGAACAGACAGAAUUAGAGAACAUAAAACCGAAGUUAGCAGCGCACAUCGAGAAGGCCAGGAUUGCUAUGUCAAGAUUGGAAGAGAUCUUUACACAGAAUCCGUCGUUGCAGACAACAGAAGUGAUGAGAAAGCUUCUAGAAGUCUACAAAGAUUGCCGUUAUAUGGACAAAUUGAUGGGCACCUCGUUUUUUCACGAAUGCCACUUCCAAGGGCUCCUCGAGCGGGUGAGAGAACGCGGUAGAGCGAAUGUCGCGCAACGCAUGGCGGAUCAAGUGACGAGACUUUUCACACCCAAAUCCGAAUAUCCGGAAGAAUCUUUGGAUAAAGAUAAUUCAAAGAAUUCGAGAAGCAGCGAUGAUCAAUGUGCAAUUAGUGUACCGGAGGAACAAGUCGCUACAAUUAUUAAUAGAUCGGAAAUUGACAAUACUAUUAAUACCGAGAACAAUACCAAAAAGCAGGACGACGAGAAGCCGAUUAAUCAAUUAUUCAUACGUCCCAAUCCCAAUCCCGAAGAUUCUGGAUUGUAUUCGGCGGAGAACUCGAAAAAGGAAUCGGGUUCGAGUGAGUCCAGUGGAGAAUUUCUCAUGAGCGAAGACGUUAAUAAUGCGCCAGAAUGCUCGUCCAUGUUGAGUGGCGCAAAUUUGUCCGACAAGACAGAACUGAAUAGGAUGAAAAAAGUGCCGACGAGUCUUGUGACUUCUCAGAACGUCGGAACGUCGCACGUGUGUGUCAAGCUAUGUAAUCUGAUAAAAGCGCAGCUUGUGUUAGCGCACGCCGAAGUGUCUAGGAGGUUUGGUUUGGGCAGGAUGUCGUUAUCGGACGCAGAAAAAACUUCCCCGCGGAAAAAACAAAAAGGCGAGGAAGAGGAGGAACGCAUGGAGGCGAUGACGGAUCCAUCCGAGUGCUCCGUCGAAAUUCCACCGCCUGUUUAUACCGAAGGCGAAGGCUUCUCUAUAGAAGAAACCGCGCCUGAUAGUCAUAAAUUCAAGCUGACCAUGUUUCAGCCCACCGACCCGAGCAACUUCUUCAGAACUGUCUCCAAAGAAUUGAAGUUGCUGAAGAGCUCGCUUCCGCCGGGUGUGUGGGUAAAGGGAUUUGAGGACCGUAUAGAUCUGUAUUCUGUAAUGUUCCGUGGUCCCGAGAAAACGCCCUACGAGGAUGGUCUCUUCCUCUUUGACUUCCAAUUAUCGGCCGAUUAUCCGGCCGCGCCGCCUCUCUGUCAUUACAUUUCCUACUGCAGUGAUCGGUUGAAUCCCAAUCUCUAUGAAGAUGGGAAAGUGUGCGUGAGCUUGCUGGGAACUUGGUCCGGUCGUGGUACGGAGGUAUGGACGAGCUCGUCAACUCUGUUGCAAGUGAUUGUCUCGAUACAGGGUCUGAUUCUCGUGAGUGAGCCGUACUUUAACGAGGCUGGCUUCGAGAAACAGAAGGGCUCGCAGCAGGGGCGCGAAAAUUCGAGAAUGUAUAACGAAAUGGUGGUGCUAAAACUGGUGCAGGCGCAAACCAAGUUGCUGCUGCACCCACCACCUGUAUUCAAAGAUAUUAUCAUUGCACAUUUCAAGAAACAUGCCGAGAAACUGCUGCAGAGAGUGGAACUGUGGAUGGAGAUAUCCGAGCAACAUAACAAUCAGCAUCCGUUAUCUCCUGUCACUCCCACUACGUUUAAAGAGAUCGCCGAUAUUGAGGAGAAGGUAUUGCCCGAAUUCCCGCUCAUUCCAGCAUCGCGCGGUUUUUGCAUAACCCUCUGCAAGACUUUAGCAACGUUUAAAGAGGUGCUCCUUAAAGAGAAUAUAAUACAAAAGCCGAGAGAAUGUCAGAACAAUGAAAACAUUAUGGAGUUAAGGAACAAUACUACAAAUCAGUGCCAAGAAAUGUCUACAUCGAUUAACAGUAAAGUAGCAGAAUGUAAUCAGAGCAGUAGCGGCAUGAGCAAUACGCAGGAAAAUAACAAAAACCUGACAUCAAGCGGCAAUCAAUCCAUUAAGGAAGUGAUGUCAUCUUCCGUAACGAAUAUCUUUGGGGCGGCGCCGAGCGAAACGAAAAAGAAUCUCUUGAGCCAAAACACCAGCUAGCCACAAGGUAAAAAAAUACUGCGGCAGUUGUUGCUAAAGAUAUUUGUUCUAAGAGUAACUACCAAUAGAAAGAGAAAAAAAGAGAGAGCGUAAAAGCGCGAUUAUAAUAACAUGCACGAACAAAAGAAGGCAAAUUUGCAGCUUACACACAUACACACACACACACAAUACACAGAGAUACAUAUACACAAAAACUUCGUAUAUUAUCAAGACGAAUUGUAAAAUAAUCGCGUUAAUUCGACAUCGAAGUAAAAAGAAGAAAAACAAGACCUAUAUAAAGCUCCUCUUGCAUUUAGUUCCAUAUACUUUUAAAUAUAAAGAUAUUACGUUGCCUGUAACAAGUAUAAGAAGUUAGCUGAAACCUCUGAUAAGAGAAUAAAAAAAAAAUAUAUAUAUAUAUAAAAUAUAGUGCAGAAGGAAAGAUCAGAAUUUACCAUUCUGUAAAACAAAUAUGGAGAAGAAAUAUGGCGAGAGAUAAAGACCAGUAGCAAUACGCCGAACUAACGAGGAAAAACGUUGCAAUAGGAUUUUAAAAGGAUAAUAAUAGCGUGAUUAAUUCUGCGUAGCACAUUUUCAUGAUUGCACUUUCAGUAAUGUGUGAUUAUUGUCGAAAUCGUAAAUCGAUUAUUCCCGUCGAAACAUAUAUAUCUUGGAAUUACUAUGCCAUCCAAGUGGAAUGUUGGACCUUUAUAAGAAAGGUACUCGUAAUCAAUCGCUUGCUCUUAUGAAGAAUCUCAGUGGACUUCCACACGAAUUGUUUCGACAGAAAUUUUAUCCCGGCAGCUGAUCGAAAAUGAAGCUUAAGCGCUGCCAGACGAUCAGAUUGAGGCUCGAGAUUUGUGUGCUUGAAAAAUGCAUAGUAAUUGGGACUCUCUAUAUCGAACUGUUCGAAAGAUCUUUCUUAUAACGGCUCAACAUUGUGCUACGAAUAUUCUCAAGCGAAACUAUAAAGAGUGACUUUAAUCGCAGACGUGUAGAGGAAAAUAGCUUAGAAAAAAAACCAGAUCCAUAUCUAGAUGAAAUCUUUACGAUAUGUCCAGUGUAUAUGGAUUUUCUUAGCACAUAGCUUGUAAAGCAUAGAAAUUUAGAAAGAAAUGCAUUAUCCUUACUCUCAAUCUUUUGUCGAGAUUUUCGUCGAAGAUAGAUCUUUUUUUUCAUUCCUAUAAUUUUUCCGGAUAUAUAUUGUGAAAGAGGACUGAUUUGAAUUGUUUACUAGAGUACUGUUCUAAUGAUUAUUACUAUCCUUAUCAUUAAGUUGAUUAAUAAUUAAAGUGAACGAGAUAAACACAGUGUGUGUAUACAGUAUUAUUCAUUAAUUUUUUCUAACGAUUCUCGCGUAACGUAUCUUUCUAAAAUUAGGGAGUUGUUUUUUGUGUAAAACUACCGAUGCACAUAUAAGGAGAUAACGGGAUAAAAAAUAGAAUGUCACAAUAAAGGUUUUCAGAUCAAUUUAAUAAUUAAAAGUUAUGGAGUAAGAUACUGUGGAGUGAUAUUUAAAUAUUUAUCAAUAGUUGUUUUCCUCUUUGUUACCUUUCUUUCAUGAUUCUUCAGACGUGGAAAAAAAAUGUAUAUCCAAAUCAUCAUCAUUUAAUCGAUUAGCUUACAAAGCGCUCGUAUUUUCUGUACGUCGAUCGAUUUCUUUCUGUCGUUUAGUGAAGGAUAAGGAGACUCUUAAAGAGAUUUACGGUGCUAACGAAAGAAAAUUGCGAGAAAAGAGAUGGAGAUGCUUUUGAGAAAAGAGUAUGCGAUCCUUGUUAGGAAGUGUAAAUGGACAUGCUAAUAGAGGCGGAGAAUAAAAGGCGCUCUGUAAAACCGCCGAAACGUUUGGGAUGCCUUGUAUAUGUGCCAGCUGUAUUUACAUUGAUUACAACAAUUGUAUUCGUGAUUCGCGUAUUUGAAAAUUUGUUUCACGCAUUGCACUUGUUCGGAAGGAAAAGAAAAGGAAGAAAAAUAGAGAAAAGAAACGCGCAAAGAAGCCGCUGCUGAAUGUGCGAUUAGCAAAUAAUUAUGAGUGUAAAACGUGAGCGUAAAAGAAAGAAAAGGAAGAAAAAAAGCACAUGUUCUAGUCUAACAUCAAGUUAUGUACGACAGAUUAAUUUUAUAUUUAACUUUUUAUUUAUAUAAUUUUUAUUUUUAUUUUGUUCGAGACUGUUCUUCCUGUCUUCGUUCUUUCAUUCAUUAUCUCUUAAGCUCCUUUGUAUAGAAAAUUAUAUAUUUAAGAUUGUUAUAUUUUAUUAUUUAAGAUUUAUUUCUUUCGGCGUCACAAAUCAUCCUUUUACACCUGUAAAGUUCUAUUUGGAGGCAUUCGUUGAGAUCAUUCAUUUGCCUUUUCUAUCCAUUGUACUACGUUGGCAUCGAUCAAAUCGAAAUUGCAGUUUCGUAGUAGUUUGCUACACAUGUAAUUCAGUUUUCUUAAUUCUCAAUAAAAAGUCAUUAUAGGAUCAACGGA